AUGGAAGAAAAUGAGGGAGUGGAAGGUCUAUACCAGGGUGACAUACUUCUUAAUGAAGCUCAGCAAACGGCCGUGAGAUCAGGAACAACAAAAGGAUUUGGUGAUAUCCUUUGGCCUGGAGGCGUGGUACCAUAUGUCUUUUCAAAGGAAAUUGGUAAGAUGAAGAAACAAUAUUGAAACAAUGGACUGCCAGCAAUAUGAUAUACGGAUUAAGUAAAAGGUCAAAAACAAAGCUCUGGUGGGAUCUUUUAAUAAAUUAUAUGUCUUUCUCAAGUUAUUCAACUUUUGCUGUAAGCAAUAAACAAACUGAAUUCGUCAUUAAAAAGAUGGACCUGAGCCUGCGAUUAAUUGAAAACCAAUAACUGGUCAGAGGAUAAUUAAAAAACACGUCACCUCACUGAGUUAUACACCUGAGCCCGAGAUACAGUCAUGUUACCCUGGUCAGCGGAUUGGCUUUUCCUGACAGCUGUCAAUUGACCGUAACAUGGAUGUCCAAUGCAUAUGUUCGACACAGAUAGCAUAUGCUUUGGACUACCAGCUAGUAAGUGUAACAUUUCACUUCUGUUGACAUGAUAGGGUGGCCGGACGGAAGUAAGGACGACUUUGUUUAUACCGAAAGUUCUUUGAUGCAUGGUUAACCAACUUUUUUUUGCCCGUAGUGCUCCGCUAUAAUCAAUACUAACUAAACUAUCCAAUUGGGCUUCUGGUAUGAGACAUUCUUCAUAAACAGCAUAUCAAGAACCUCACAUAAUGCGCACUGUUCCGUGUCAUCACAAUUAACAAAGAGAAAUUAAAAGUUAAUACUCCUUUGUGUUGAAAAAGUAAAGUAAAUGCAAUGAAUUUGUUCUGUUCUUUUUUUGCACUUACAAUGUAGUAUAUUUUACUAAUUUUGAUUUUCUCAGUAUCCUACUAGAAUAAACCGUCACAUUUAGGUUAGGAUUCGGCAUUUGAUUGGUGUCCUGAUAAUGGUUUGAAUAGCCAAAAUUAUUUUGUGAUAAGUUUGAUCUCUUGCUACAGCUCGACAUGAACAGGCUCCCUCCCUCUCUCUCGUCGGAUUAUCCUUUGUCUUCAAUUAACGUAACUUUUUUACAAGUUGAGUUUUUCUGAACUCCCCCAAAUUCACUGAUAGAAGUUAAAUAAAUGGCCCUUUCUGAUUCCCUUUUUAAGUAAAAAGGGUCACUCUGGUACAUAGAGUUGGUCCAUUUAACCAGGAAUAUUAAAUAGUUUCCUGUUGACAACAAUAGUAUAAGCCCUUUAUACUCUCUUGGGUCUAUAUAUUUUCUUUCCGUGUUUAAUAAUUGAACGGACACCUGUAGUAUACCCUGUAGUAUACCCUGCGAACAAACACCGGGAUUCCAAUUCCUUCAUGGCGGUUAACAUUUACGAAGUCGCCCGAGUGGCUUGUCGACUUCGAAAAUACUAAAAACCAUGCCGGAAAGAAAACUCGGCUGGUUGCUAGGGUAGUGUAGUAACGACCUGCAGAUGAUUUAGUCCCUCGCAAUAAUCUUUGGGACCCUACACGGCUCCACCCCACCGGUAGGCAAAUUACUCAGUUUUACUUAAUAAUUUUACUGCCUGUUUUAAGCGUCAUAAUUUUAUCAAUCUUUUUUUUUGUUUGUGAACAGCGUCAACCUCUCUUUCAAUGUUUAUCAAACAUGCUUUUAUGGAGUGGGAACACUAUAGUUGCAUAAAGUUUAAACCAAGGACCACCGAGACAGCCUACCUGAUGUUUCUAUAUGGAAAGGGGUGAAUAUCCUUAAAGUUUUAAAGGUUAUAUAGUGAUGAAAUGGCUUUUUAGUAUAGUGCAUCAAAGAGCAGAGGACACAAAAAUAUUUUAACAGGAAGGCUUGAAAUUUAACUUUGUUCGACCUUUUAAGUUAAAGGAAGCCUCAAAGCAACUGGCGAUAGGUCUUGGUGUACGGGAAGUAUUGUUGGUUAAAAUUUAAAAGGUAUUAUUUAAUAUUCUCUUUGGAACCAGGUCCGUUUUGUUAAGACAUUUGAAAGUGCACCAUCUGCGACACCAAACAACUCCCAAAAUGCUUAAGGGAUUCAGUCAAGGAGUCACGAGAUGUAUUUAAUAUGUAUGACAGCCCGGAGACCCAGGGGGCAGGCAACCAGUUGGGUCGGGAGAAAGGACGCUACGAAAGUUUUCAAGAAAUUUUUCGUCGCGCCGACCCAACUGUCUGCCCUUGGGUUUCCGAAGAUGUUCCCGCCUAUGACGUGAUACGUUCCGAUGCGACGUUUUAUUGAGGACCUAAACACACCACCCUUUUUUCGACCACUUUACGUGACCCAUCCGAGAUGGAUUGACCCGCACGGCAAACAUUUUGAGGAUUAGGAGUUAAAAACAGUCUCGUAACCAGUGUCUGUGAUCCUAUUGGUCAGCACUGCCUUUUCAGCCAGACAAGGGUAAUGAAGGCUCUGGUGAGGAGAUUGAAUAACUAAACGUUUGCAUCUUUAUGCACAGAGAGAUGAAUGGUAUUGUUCACUGGCCAAGAUGUAUAACUUUCUUUUUUCCUUAGGUGCUAUUCUUACGUCGGUUACCAAGGAAACAAGCAGAUUCUUAGCCUUGGUCUAGACUGCUUUCAUAAAGGAAUAAUACUACACGAGAUAGGUAAAUAUUGUUGGAGGUGGGGGUGGGGGGGGGGGGGGGUUUUUUUACCGUUGUUUUUCGGGCCUUUUUUUUUUUUUGGGAACAACCAGUGUUGAGUGUACACCUACCCCAUUUAAUGGCCCCUUUGUUGGUGAGGUUUGCAAAAGGACAAUAUAUUUCGCACUCAUGCGUAUUUGAAAAUACCGCAACACUUUUUAAAUAUUAUCUGAAAUUUGUUUGUGUAUUAUUUGUUUUUUUGCUUUUCAUCUCUAGUGGGGCGUGUUACUGUAGAGUGACAGGUGUAGUUGGUUUACAUAUUUGGAAUAGAGGUGAGUAAGGGUGGGAAGGGGGGGGGGGGGGGGUGGGGGGGGGGGGGGGGGGGGGGGGGGGGGGGGGGUGGGGUAUUAUUCACCGUAGUUUUCGCUGCCAUCUUUUAUUUUUAGGACACACCGAGUUCUGAGGUACCCUCAGCCUCAUAUAGCGCGCCUUUUGCGAGGAGGAUUUCUAUAGAUUAAUUGUUUUGCCCCUGUGAUCGAUCCUAAAAGACACCAUCCCUUUUUGAAUAUGAUACUAAACCAACACCUUGAGACGUGAAAAGAUACUCAAAAAUCUCCACAAACGUUUGUAAGAAUUAGCCAUUCUAUACACUGUACCAGCUGUAGUGUUGUAUAAACAGAAAAGCCAAAUUUGUCUUGUUACCACUAUUGAUGUAGAGAGAGGUAUUUAAGCAAAAGGAAUACUGUGGUUCCUUUCAUCAACUUGAACUUUUGGACGGUUAUGAUGGUGUUUUUCAACAUAUAUCUACGGGUUUUUUUCGGGUAAUAUAUAUGGCAAGUGAAGGGAAAGUUCAUGUUUCCUUAAAUCGUCUAUAUAAGAUCUGCUCAAGGCUAGAAUUUUUUGCCAAGCAAACUUAAGCCAGAAUUAUUAAUAUUUUGAGGUUUUAGGUAGGUUCUAUUCAAAAGAGUGAUCUGGUGUAUUUACACAUCAUUUUUCAGGACAUGCUUUAGGUUUCUUCCAUGAACAAGCCAGGCCGGAUCGAGACAUGUAUAUCACAAUUCACGACGAAAACAUUCGCCCUGGUAAGACAGGAUCACAUGUAUAUGACUGUGUACAUGUACUCUUCUGUUCUGUACUGCUCUACCUCCUCUGCCCAUAGAAAUAAAUCCUGGCUGGGAAAAUGGUCUGAUGAUACCUGACUCUACCUAUUUCUCCAACAGCGAGCGAUCAGAAAAAUUCGCAUUACCCGUUAAUACAUAUAUUCAUGUGCGUAUUACUGUUUUUAAACCUAAAAACAAUACCACAUAGUUUUGAAAUAAAUUGAAAAUCAAUUAAUUCACUCUUAGCGAAAAUAAAAAAAAUUAGAAGGAAUUGUGGAGGGUUUCAUCUAUUAACAAAUACUGUUAUCAACAUUUUAUGGUUAGGGAAGUCUUCCAAUUUUAACAAGAUGACGCAUGCGCAGAUGCAGUCUUGGAUGCCGUUUGGUACCCCGUAUGAUUACUACUCCAUCAUGCACUUCUCAUCGUACGCAUUUACAAAGAACAAGAAGCCCACUAUCACAGAUAAAUACAACAGGGUGAGACAGAACAGUAAAUUGUACAUUGAAAUCCUGAUCCAGUUUUCGAACCUCCAUGGGAAAAGGAAAAUGGCCAACACCAUAUUUGAAAAAGAGACGAGCCACUAUUUUUUUUUUGAAUGGUUGUUAAUGAUUAAGUAUGAAACUUAUUUGAAUAUUUUUGACGCUAAAUUUGGCUUAAAAGGCGCAUAUAAUGUAAAUUAAACAUUAAAUUCGAAAACUGAUGCCACAGUACCUUAAUUGUUAUCAGUUUUGCUUUCGUACAUGUUGAAAGCAUUUCAAUUGGCCCUCCUUUUCUCAAGUCUUGGGUUACUCCUCCCACUCGAAAGUUUUUUCGCUCUGUUCUACAUGUUGCACCUCCCUUAGUAUCUGAAAGAUCCUCAAAGCCUAGACUAAAGUGAACAGACGGGUGUAAUGUAGGCUUUACCUCCAGGCGAAACUGACUGCUUUCGUGAGCUUUGUUAUUCGAUCACUCAACUUGGUUACUCAAAUUUAUACCUAAACAUGCUGCAGAUCCCUGUCAGGUAUAUUGGCCAACGAGAUUACCUCAGCACUUUGGACGUGAAGCAGAUAAACCUCAUGUACAACUGCCCGGGAAGUAAGUCAUGAUAAAUAUCACGCCCACUGGGUUGUUCUAACUAUAUGCAUCUCGGCAUGCGCAUUAUCUUCGAAACAGCAUUUUUUUUUCACCCUGAGGAGUACAUUAUGUUUAAAAGGCCAGCUUCAAAAUUUGUAGUUGUUGUAUAUCUUAUUUUAUGUUCAUAAUCGAUAUAUUAAUCAGCAAGUGAGAUUGCUGUUGUUUAUAGUAAAUGGGGUGCGGGACGAUGUUACUUGAGUACUUCUUAUAUAUAGAUACAUAUCAUCACUUUUUACAUUCCCUGAUAUAUUCAUUGUUUUAUACAUUUGAUUGUUUUUUCUUUUUUCAUUAUUUAGUUAUUUUUUUAAAAUUACUAAAUAAAUAUUGUCAUGCGUUUUUUACAUGCGCCUCCGGUUGUGAUACUCGGGCAACCCUAUCCUAUUCUACUGACACUAAUACUGAUUGAUUGAUUGAUUGAAAUGAAUUACCUGCUCAACUGAUUAAAUAUACUCUGUCUAUAAUUAAUGCUGGCGAAAUUAAACAAACAACUACUUAUCAUGGAUAAAUUUUGGUCAUAGUUAAAGGGAAUUAAUUAAAAAAAGUAAUGAGUAGGUACGAAUGAGUGAAUACAGUAAUAGGAUCUUGGUAAGUAAGGGUAAUGCAAAUGUUUGGAUCUAAAUUAUUAAAUAAAAUGAAUUGUUAGAUGUAGACAGUAGAUCUUUCCUGCUUUCCUGUAAACAAAGGCACCAACUCGAGGCUUGGGUGGGCAAAAUACAGUGAUUUGUGUGAAAUUAUUCACCCAAGCCUCUACCUUAUUUUUUUGUGUUUGCUCACUGGAGCGAAAUGCGAGAAAGGUCUAUUUCAUAGAGAAUUUAUUUCGUCAAAAACAAGGCGUUAAGAUUUGGAUUUGGAUUUCCGAUCACGUGGCGGCGAAAACCUAUAAAAAAUUAAUGGAUUCAGAUUCGGUGAUUGGAAAUCUAAUUAUUCGAAUAUGUUUUUAAAAUAGCUAGUCUCCUACUUAUUCACCGUUCCACACCCAGCUGGUCUGUAAACCAUUUUUACACCCUUGCCACAAUCGUGGGUGAAGCAAGGGGGUGGAGCCAGGGCCCAAGGUUGCAUCUGAGCGCACUUCUCUACUCUUAAAUCCUUUCCAGUUCAUUAUUAUGAAAAUAUUUUAUAACGCAAAACGUUGAUCUUUGAUAGAUCAAAGCAUUUUGUAGACGUAAAAUUUUAAAAACCGUUCAGCUUCCCUCCAUUUCCAGUUACUAGCCAUUUAGUUUUAGGGAAAUUACAGGGGUAUUAUUGGAAGGGGGUGUGUUUAUUUGCAGGAGAUUGCUCGGGAGUUCGAUGAAUACGUAUAUUUUGGACCCCCGAUCACGGACACUUUCGUCUGUCUUGGUUAUUUUCAAACGUACAGGCUCGAUUGAAUGAAUCAACUUGCGAGAGAAUGGUGGACAUAUCACCGAGUUCAACAUUUUCAAGAGCUUAGGGUGGGUGGGAAGGUUGUAAACUUGUUCCUUUAUCCAGGACGCGGGCAUAGCACUCUUCCCCACUGUCCUCUAGUACCAAUCGUUUUAAGCAAACAUUUUUUCCUUCUGUGACAAGUUUUUAAUGAAUGAAAUAUGCAGUUAUAUGAUAUGCUAAUGUAUUUAGAUUUAGAUUUUUUGGAAUAUAUGUUUCUUGUGUCCUAUUUUAAUAUUGUAUUAAUCACGCAAUGUAGCUUUUGGCUUGCAUGUAAUUACUCAUUAAAGAACUAUGUAUCUAACUAUCUAUCUAUCCACAAGUCUAGCGUAGCCACGUGCACUGUACAAUACUUUAUUACUUUUACUUUUGUUAUGCUGUAGUUCUUUGAUAACUCAAUUAUUAUCAAUUUUUAAAAUUGCAGAUGCAACAACUUUUUUUGCUGAAAUCUGCGAAGGUAAAAGUGGACGGAUUAUCUGCUUUGGUGGAAGGAAAAUUAAAGUUAUUUACGCAAAUUACGGAAGGAAAAGAUAUCAAAACCAUUGCGGGUUUGGAUUAAAUACAAAAUGCGAAAGCACUUCUUCUUUUGAAAAGGUCAGACUCGUUUUUCGAAUCCUUAUACCUUAUUUUUACUUAAUUUCGCGAUUUUUAAAUGGUCGCCCCAUGAAGGGGAAUCCAAGACAGUCGACUUGGAUUCUGGAUUCCACACCGUGGAUUCGGGAUUCUAGGUACUGGAUUCCAGUCUUUGUCCGUGGAGUGGAUAAUCUUUUGUAGGAUUCCGGAUUUCUUUUGCUAUAUUCCGGAUUCCAAAGCCCUGUAAUCCGGAUUCCACAACCAAAAAUUUCCCAGAUUGAUGAGUGAGUUGUCCAUGAGACAGGGAUCUUCCCUGCUCUCCUAAUGCAUUAUUCCUCUUCUGUAGGUUAAAGAGGUCUGUAAUGGUCGAUCAUCAUGCGAGCUUCACGCCACGGAUGAUGAGUUUGAAGACCCUUGCCCUUGGACCAAAAAGUAUUUGGCCGUUCGAUAUCAAUGUCGUCAUUGA